UAUAGUCUAUCUUUCUCUCUUUUUUUUUUCUUUCAGCACUCUCGUUUUUCCAAGUUUUAUUUUCUUUUUUAUUAUUAUUUUUAUUCUUCUUCCUAUUACUUUCUUUCAGUUCUGUUCUACAUUUAUUAGUUAGAACUAUAUUCUAUGUGUCUGAGUUUUAUCCAUGUUAACAUCUAGAAUCUCCACCACUGUACCUGAAGGUUAUUCGACUGUCACUACGACAAAUACUAUGACUACAUCAACAAGGAAAGACAUCUCUAGGCCACAACGACAAGCAAAACGAAAAAGAUAUUCAACCAUACCAACUCGAAGGAUGUUAACCAGGAAAACGACAAGUCUUACUACUACACCUAUCAAUACCGCAGCUAACAAUGACUCCAUACCAACACCUCAAUCACCUCUAGAAGAAGAACAAGAAGAAGAAGAAGUGUCUAUCGCACAUACCCUCAAUGACAACAAUGACAAUAAUGACGAUGAUACCAAACAAGAAACAGACAUUAGCCCUUCCACGACAUUGGUAGUAUCACCAGAAGAAACAACUCUUCAUAGUAACGACGACGACGAAGACGAGGACAAGGGUGAAAAUGAGAUAUCGAUGCAAAAAAUGCAGAUGAUGCCUAUUUGCCCUGUCCCUAUAACCACUUUGGAAACAAAGGAUGAUAAUGAUCAAGUUAACGAUGAUGAUCCAUUUCAACGGCAGGCUGCUUUGAAGGAUUUAACAUAUAUUGAAGUUCAUUUUGCAAGACUUCGACAAAAAGUAUUUGAAGAAAAGUUAGAAGACUUGUAUCAAGAAAUCCUUAUGGUGGAAAACGGAACCCAUCCUGAACAAUUGGAAAUGAUGCAACAUGUGGACAACAAAAAGAUCAAUAGGAUCAAGAAAGCUACUGCAAAACGGGACAUACGACUUUUAUCCUAUCGAAAACAAUUUGAAUCCACCAUACAUCAAGCAAACCAUGAUUUUAUGGCUCGUCGACAACAUUUGAAAAUGGAAAUAGAACAAAAAGUAGGUCAUAGACGGUUCAAAUUGAAUGAUGAACGUAUGAACAUAACAACAGAUACUUUGUCAGAGAAUGCACAUGAUUUACGACAAAAAAGAAUGGUUGUAUCCGAACAACUUCACCAUAUCAAGCAAUAUAAUGGAUUCCCUCGAGCUCCCUCUGCACCAGGUUUAUCAGAUCAGGAAAUGCUGAAUGAUCUAAUGGAGAUGAAGCCAAUUCUAGAAGAUGUAGGAUCAUCACGCUCAAGUAGUACUCAUUCAAUGAGUUCAUUAUCUACGCAUACAAGUCCACCCAUGAUGUUAUCCACCUCUUCCACACCAUUAUCAAUUCAUCCACCACCAUUGACAUAUCACCAACAGGCGACGCAUUAUGCAAUUCAGGACAGUACUCCAUUGACGAUGACAACUACUCGUCAACCUAUGAUGAAAGAAAUGCCUAUGAUCAACAUUUGUCAAGAUCGCAACACUCUAGUUUAGUUAUUGGUUGUUUUUUUUUUUUUUUCAACCUGCCCUUUCUUUCAAUUUUUUUUAAACACACUUUUUUUUUCUUUUUCCCUCUCUCUCUCUACAUACCUCUGUUGUAACCUUUUUUUUUUUAUUAUUUCUUUUUGGUCUGUUUGUCUACCGUCUUUACUGAAAAAUACAUUUGUGUUAUCUAUGAUUUAUAGUUUUAUUGUUUUCCUAUCAUCCUAUAUUGUAUUUGUUUUAUUAUUCUAAUAUCAAAUCAUUCAACAAGUUCACCCCUCCUAUCAUACAAACAAAACAUUACAAAUACAUUUAUAUAAUAAAAAAAAUCAGUUCUGUUUAUUGUCUAGCUAAA